CAUGUUCUUACCUUCAUGUUUACAUCGUGUAUGAAAGUCGCAACCUGAAUUUCUAGUCUCAGCCAUCGCUUCGAAUCUCAGAAGUCAAAUCUGACUUGUCAUGCCACUCUUUUCCAAUGUUCCAGCUCUUCGCCUAAGUCUGGCUUAUGCCUUACAUGACCCGUCGGCGCUUCUGCCACAUCGAACCAUCCCAACCUUGUUAUGGCUUCCACUGCCAGUUGGCCCUUCUCUACCUACGAAGCCUACCAUUCGAGCUAUUGUUUUAGACAAAGAUAAUACACUAUGCCCUCCCGAAACGGCAAAAAUGCACCAAGCAUAUCUCAACAAGAUCGAGAAGAUUAAACAAAGUACUGAAUUCUCUCAGAACGCGCAUAGUAUCUUGAUAGUGUCGAAUACUGCUGGUAGUUCUUCGGCUCCCGAGCACGAAGCAGAGGCUAAGCAGCUGGAACUUGAGCUCGGAUUACCAGUCUUGAGACAACAUCCAGAUCGGAAGAAACCACUUUGCGGACCAGACAUCUUGAAGUUCUUUCGGGACCAUGGAGUCACGGAUGAUCCACGGGAAAUUGUAGUUGUGGGGGAUAGGCUCGCGACUGACGUUCUUGUGGCACAUCAGUUGGGCAGCUGGAGCGUCUGGUGUAAAGAAGGUUGGCGAAAUCCAGAAAUCCCAGGCCGAGACUAUAGAGGAUUCUUCAGUAAGAUGGAAAGUCGGUUCGAAGUUCUCUUGAGAGGCGGUUUGGGACGAGUUGCUCCAUUACCGACGACCAUUACUUCGCCUACGGAGAAGCCUUGAUACCCUGGAAUGGAUCUGACUGAAUACAUACUGGUCCAUACCAACAGGGGUUGCGCAGCGACACAAGCGCCCCAACUAUCCUAUCACGGCAGCGGUUGAAUUCCCUGAGGCCCAAAAGAUUUGAGACAAAUCUGACCGCAGCCUUCAGCUCUUGGUCAUCCGUGCCUUCCAUAGCUCCGAGGUCCAAUUACGCCUUCUUUCGUGAUCGAUAUAUUCAAGAUGGACUAAGAGGCUUCUCAACUGCAUCCACCGAACUCCCAGACGUCACCGUUGGAGUUCGCGUCGGCCCAUCUUUACUGGACUGUGAUUUCCGAUAAGAAGGAGGGGAUUUGGUGUCGCUUGGAGUAUUGUUGGCAGCUGGCAGUUCUGGGACGUUUGCUAGCACGAGUUGACUGGUCGAGGGUUGUAGAUCAACAGACGACGUAUGAGCUGGGCUCAUGGGCAAAGUUGUCGUUGUUGCUGUUCUGGACAAGUCUCUCUUGACCAGCUGGCUGGCGUCGGAUGUCAUCCUCCGACUGGAGAUCUGGGCGACGGCAUCUUUGAGCUUGAAUCUAUUCUCUUUGACUUUGACCUCAAUGCGACCAGACAGAGGUAUCCUCGUCCAGUCCUCGUCGCCGUCGAGAACCAUGAAUCGCACCGCCUCAAAGAAAACCGUCUGACUCGAGCCGGAGUUUUCUAUGCACCAGGCAUGUUUGAGAUCAAUUUGGUGCCUGGUACAUUUUGCUCGGGAGGACAUGAUGGUCUCUAUAGUCUCCUCACGACCUGUAUUCCUGUCGCUGCCAUUCGUAUUAUCCUGAAAGUCUACCGUGAGAAGGUCGUUCAGUGCCAUGCGACUGGGGUUAGAGCUGUCAUAUUCGCUGAACAGAAUCUUGAGACAUUGAAGUCCGUGUGGAGAUUUGUGCGAUUGCAUUGUAUGCGCCUGUGUGCUCAGUAACG